AUGGGACAUCAACCGGCGUUUAAUGAGCGACUCAUCGAAGAGGUAAAAAAGCAUCCCUCUCUGUACAAUCAAACGAAACGCAGUUUCACCGAUACGAUGGAGAGAAUGAAAAUGUGGGAGCUAAUCGCACAAGAGAUCGAUCCAAAAGUAUCAGGUGAAUUCGCGAAAAAGCGUUGGCUUCAGUUGAGAGAUCGAUACAGGAAAGAGCUCAAGGUAGCAAUUCGACAAAACUUUUCCGUGCCUCAGCGUUGGUGUUACUUCUCACAUCUCUCAUGGCUUGAUCCUUAUCUAAAAGACAAUUUAGCGAUUCCGCUGUCCACUAGUGAUCGUGCUAGAAGUGUUUCCGUUGAUGGAACACUCUCCUCUCCAUCCUCGCAUUUCCCACAAUCGAUUUUAUUCGACUCGUUUCUUAAACGAGAGCAACCAGAGCUAGAUGAUGGUUUCGACGAGCCACACUUUGACGAUGAGUUCCUUCGAGUGAACGUUUCAUCAGCAUUGGAAAGAGUGCUCGCAGCCACUCUACCACAAAGCCAUCAAUCCACUCAUUCAUCGACCUCUUGCACUCAAUCCACAUCCAGAGACUCAUCGCCAAAGUCCGAUCAUUUCCACCUGGAAAACACUGAAGACGGUCCAUCGAUGCGGGUGAAUGGCCGAGAAGUGAACGAGGGAAAUUUGGGGGAAAUCGGGAAACAACUUGUGAAUUCAAAUCCGUCAAUAAACGAUUGGGUGAACGACGAGGAGAUGCUGUUUGCGAGGAUUGUCGGGCUCAAGUUAAGAAAAAUGAGUGCAAGGCAGAGGAAAAGGGUCAAAUCCGACAUCAUCACCCUGUUAGACGAGUCCGAAAACGAAGAUGACGAUGAUCUACUCAAAUUCACCCCGAAAUCGAUUCGAUUAAGU